AACUGGUCUGGGAGAGAGUAUAAGGGAUGGGCCGUCCGACGGAGGCGUUAGUGGAAGCUGCGCUACGUGUGCUAAACACCGCCGACCCAUUCGACAAGGCCCGACUGGGCGAUGAAGUCGCGACCAAGUGGCUCCAGGGCUCCAUCACUCUGCCAUACCACCCAUCACUCCAUCUCCCCGUGCCUGACCGCCCCGCCAGGCUCAGUAAUGUGAAGCUGGUUCCGCCCGGUCUCAUGCCCAAGCUGGGAAAAGCUGGCAGCUUACAGAGUCGGCAGGCCAUUGUGCAUAGUCUUGUCCACACUGAAAGCUGGGCCAUUGACUUGUCCUGGGAUAUAAUUGCUCGUUUUGGUGAACAAGAGGCCAUGCCAAGAGAAUUCUUCACUGAUUUUGUGAAGGUGGCUCAGUAUGAAGGCAGGCACUUCACCCUCCUUGCAGCACGACUCGAGGAGCUGGGUUCAUUCUAUGGAGCAUUGCCGGCUCAUGAUGGUCUCUGGGACUCAGCCACUGCUACUUCCAAGGAUCUGUUGGCACGAUUGGCAGUUGAGCACUGCGUCCAUGAGGCCAGAGGACUUGAUGUGCUACCCACAACCAUAUCUCGUUUUCGCAAUGGAGGUGACAAUAAGACUGCAAAUUUAUUGGAGAGGGUGGUUUACCCAGAAGAGAUCACCCAUUGUGCUGCAGGAGUAAAAUGGUUUAAGUACCUUUGUCUGAGGUCUAGAAAUCCAAUCACGGAUCCAUGCAGCUUGAUAUCUCUAGAAAAUGAAGCCACAGAAAGAGAAACUACAAUUGUAGAGGACGAGAAAUAUGUGAUUCAGAAGUUUCAUGCAACAGUGAGGACACACUUCAGGGGGCCAUUGAAGCCUCCUUUCAACGAGGAGGCAAGGAAAGCUGCAGGGUUUGGCCCUCAAUGGUAUGAACCUCUUGCUGUCAAAGAAGCAACCCAGAAUGAUGAGAAGUAAUUCAGUUUUGAUAGCAACAUCCAUCUUCCUUUUUUUUCUGAGCAGAAUAAAUUGUUUCUUAGGUUCUUCCAUUCCCCAAAUAGUUUGCCUGAAGAAUGUGGCAGCACUUAUGCACGUCUGCUUCAUCUGUAGUUAUAUUCUCAGGGAGAAAAAUUCUUGAGAUGCUUUGUUUAUUUUCAGAAACACAUGGGUCCUCGAUGACAAAUUGACAAUUGUUUCGAACUUUUCUUAAAAGAAAGAUUAUGCUAAUCCUAAAAUAAGGUAAACCGAAAACCUUAUUUUACAUCAA